GCACGCGCGUUUGACGCAGUUUGAGGCUCCGGCGGAAGUACUGUACACGCCUUUCACGCGGCAAAGCUCCGUCCAAUGUCGAAGACUCUCAACGGCAAAGGGAAACCGAUCUGUUUCCAUAUAGUCACUCGUACCGCCGUUCAGCAUUGAUAAGGUCGUUAGCUAAGGUCACUCCAUGUGAUAGUUUGCUCAACGCCACGGCUUCUACUUCGAUCAGGACUUCUGAACUCAGAAACGCAACUCAGAAACGAUGAAUCCCAGGACGAUGCCCAGAAUCUUCCUCCGCCCACCACAAACGUUGCUGUUAACUCGAGCCUAUUCGACAUCCAAACCAUUUGAGCAGCCCGGACCCCUUCCUCUAGGCGACAAAGCAGACCAGAAAGAGUUUGAGGAACUUGUCAAGCAAAAGCUAAAGCAACAGGAAUCGGGCUCGAAUACGGCACUGCACCCCGAUGCACCCAAAAAGCUUCAGGAAGCUGAGUGGGAGGGCGAUAAGAAUCCCGUCACAGGGGAGAUUGGAGGGCCCAAGGGCAAGGAGCCAACUCGUUAUGGAGAUUGGGAGCGUAAAGGGAGGGUGUACGAUUUCUAGAGUCGCACACAUUUUUGGGGGAUAAUGAUGGCGUACCGAGAUUUCUAGGCUUGUUGGGGAAGGGUCUAUCAUUCAAAAUGGACCUCCUAGGCUAGCAGGCUCCUAUAAUGCAACGCUAUUUGUGAAGGGUACACGAGGCAUACGAAUUCGAAUGUGGCAGAUUGGUUGAAA